AUGCCGCCCCCGACGAGCGGCUCGCACCCGCUUUCUCUCCAGUCGAUCCGCGAGACGCUCAUCCGGCAGGAGGACACCAUAAUAUUCGCACUCAUCGAGCGCGCGCAGUAUCGCGCCAAUGACGUCUGUUACCAGCCGGGGGCGCGUGCGUUUGCCGCCAUCGCCGGGCCGUCCGAGUCAUUCCUCGAAUCCAUGCUGCUCGAGACGGAGAGGAUGCACGCACGUGUGAGGCGCUACACUUCGCCGGACGAGCACGCCUUCUUCCCGCGAGCGCUGCCGCCGCCCUCGCUGCCGCUGCUCGAUUUUCCGGCACUGCUCCACCCCUGCAGCGUCAACCUCAAUCCUCAAAUUCUCGAGGUGUACCUGCACAAGGUGCUUCCGGCGGUGACGCAGCCUGGCGACGACACGCAGCACGGCUCCUCGGUGGUUGCCGACGUUGCAGUGCUACAGGCCAUCUCGAAGCGGGUGCACUAUGGGCUCUUUGUCGCCGAGUCCAAGUUUCGGGCAAAGCCGGAAGAGUACACGGCACUGAUCCGGGGCAACGACGAGGAGGGGAUCAUGCGGCUGCUCACCAACACCGCGGUCGAAGAGCGCGUGCUGCGGCGUGUGCGGCGCAAGGCCUUCACUUUCGGCCAGGACAUCGAGGCCGACGAGUCCGUCCUCGGCCUCAGCGAGGCCCGCGGAGUCACGGUGCGGUGCGGCGGAGGCAGCAAGCUGAUCGAGUGUGAGUCAGCGUUGGGCGUGUAUGAGGCGGUGCUCUCGAACCGCGCCUUCCUCGGCAUUGUGUUGCUCGAGCAGGCGGACCUUGGCGUGCUUCCCGCCGCAAAGCAGCUGUUUGCGCAGUACCCGCUGCAGGCCAUGGGUCUCUGGAUGCUCCGACGCACUUGCCCCUCCGUCCACCCGUCCAACACGCGCCACCCCGCCCCCUUCCCGCAGAUCGUCGCCGAGCUGAGCGACGCAGCCGCAGACCGUGCGGCGGGGCGCACGCGUUGCGUGGUCGUGUGCAAGCGGAAUGCGCUGCCGCCACCCACGGGCCGCGACAAGACGAUGCUCUUACUCGGGUUGCGAGGACGUAGAAGGCUGCUAGACGCGCCCGGCAACCUCGCCGCCGCCCUCACUUCCUUCACAACGCACGGCGUCAACGUCUCCUACAUCCAGUCGUCCGCGGCGCCGCCAGGGAGCGGCGCGCAGGUCGCCUUCUUCAUCGAGCUGGCAGGCCACGCGCGCGACACCGCCGUUGCGCACGCGCUUGCCGAGCUGCAGCCCCUCGCCGCAUUCGUCAAGGUUCUCGGCUCGUUUGCGUGCGGCGCGCCCGACCGGGACGCCCUCCUCGGCGCUGCCACAAGCCCCUCGUCGACGAGGGGCUGAUCCCGUGCAACGGGCACGUUCUAGCAUGCCCGCGUUUCGUUCUUGGUCUCCUGCGUUGUCGUGCCAACGCGGUUUGAGGAUGAACGUAUACGGUAGUUGAGAUGUUCGUGUUCAUACGGUACGGCACGCAUGUUGCAUUUACUAUCAUUUACGAUUUA